AUGCAGAUCGCUCUCGAGCAUGGAGGAAUAUUAAUGCCUAGUCAAACAUGCAACCUCUUUGCGAGUGCUUUGGCCCAGUGCCCCUGCAGGCAACAGGUGUCUCAAGAUGAGCCGGAGCAGCAGCAGCCGGCUGAUCUACCUUCAGCUCUGGCAGCCCUGGAGGCAGAGCGGCAGAGAUGCCGUGAGCUCGUGCGCCUCAACGCUGUCCUACAGGAGCACCUGGAGAUCGCAACACGCACCAAUGCAGAUCUCGCAAGCGAGGUUCACAAGCUCACCAAGGAAUGGUGGCAACUGAACCGCUCACAGUCUGCAGAUCAGCCACAGGUGUUGGUGCCCGAGUCUGAGGCGCGCGCUGCCCGAGCCCAGGCCUCCCAGCUGCAGGGGAAGCUCAUGGAGGCGCGCAAGCGGCUUGCCCGUGAGCGGGCCUCCCACCGGGCACAGGUGGCCCAGGCAGCUCGGCAGCGCCAGCAGGACCUGGCCAACUGGCAGCGUCGUCGACUGCACCAAGCAGAACUGGCCCUGAGCGCAGCGCAGGACGAGGCCAGUGAACUCAAAGCACAUAUGGAGGCAGUCACAGGUGAGAAAUUGACCGGAUUACCGAAUAUUAUUAUACAGUUUAACCUCAAUAUAACAAACACAGGUGUAAAAAAUAAAUCUAAAAUGAUUCUCACCGAUAUCAGUGUGUAA